AUGUUCUCUCCACUUGGCCAUUUCAAGCAUAUAAACUGUCCUUUUGCUCGUAGCGAUCAAACGUGCCCUGCGAAAUACUGUAUAUUCAAGCAUGCAGAUGUUUGCUACAAUAAGGGCACUCUUGUUUCGCAUGUACAAGAAGAAAACUCUGCGAAUCAACGUGAAAAGAUUCAAGACAAUCAACCCCUUUCAUUGUCCUCCAUGUGUACAACAGCUCAGAUUCGAUAUGUCCCAUCUUCUUUUACUACAGCUAUAAAAGACGGUACUGUCGCUAUUAAGAAGGACCCUCAGUCAAACAAGGUAUUAAAGGAAUCAUUUUCUGGAGACCAAUCUACUAAACGAAAAGAUAAUGAAUUGAAAUCUCCGAGUUCUGUAUUAGCUGAAAGCACAAGGCCUCUCAAACGGACAAGGGAAGAGCCCCCGAAACCGACAUUGGAUAGAGAUAUCAAGAAGCCUGACUCGUUCGCUAUAAAACUGAAAGAAAGGCGGACUAUGAAUGAGCCUAUGGCCAUUCCAAAUCCAGUUUACGACUCUAACGCUCCAGCAGGUCAUGAACUUAGAAAACGCAUGGUCCAUAUCUUUUAUGAUGCUUUUUUAAAACUUGGAUACGAUGCGAUUGAAAGCAAAGAGAAAUCCCUAGAGGAGGAGAAAAAUCUCUGCUUAUCCACAAAUAGCAAAAUGGUAUACAGCUCUUCUUGCAAAUCCAAGAUUUUGUCCUUAAAGAGAUCACCGCCUAAGGAAAUUUUAGAGAAAAAAGAAGAUGUGAGUGAUCUGAUUCCAAAGUUAGUUCAUCCAAAGCAGCAACUUGAGUUAUGGGGAUAUAAUUUUGGAUAUAUAAAUCCAUCUGAGCCGGAUGAUCCUUUGCGGGAGUGUGAUCGAUGUGGAACAAAGUUUGUAAAUCUUACAGGACCUUGUAAGUAUCAUUGGGGAAAACUCUUUCGAGAAAAAGUGGGUGGAGAAAAAAUCCGUGUAUACACCUGUUGCGAAGUGAAAGAAGGAGAGUCAUCAGGAUGUACAAGUGAAGAGUUUCAUGUUUAUCGAUAUCAGCAUUUACCCUAUUUAGCAAAUGUUUCGCCUUACGUUAGUUUGUCGACCGACUGCCCAGGGAAAGAAAGAAUGUAUUGUGCGUUGGACUGUGAACUUUGCUACACAACUUUGGGAUUUGAACUUGUUCAUUUAACAGUAGUUGACAAAGAAGGAAUUCUGUUGAAUCAAUUCAUUCGUCCCAAAGGAGACGUUCUGAGUUUGAACACACGUUUUAGUGGAAUAACCAGUAAAACGCAAUUGGAGUCUGGAAUCAGCAUGCGAGAAAUGUAUGAAAAGCUGAAGCAAUUGGGCAUUACAAGAAAUACAAUUAUUAUUGGGCAUGGGAUCGAAAAUGACUUGAAUGCAAUGAGACUGAUUCAUGAACAAGUGAUUGAUACUGCUAUUUUGUAUAAGCAUGAGCGAGGUCCGCCGUUCCGAUACUCUUUAAAAUAUCUAACGAAGAGGUAUUUGGGCAAAGAGAUCCAAACUGACACGCAUCACAGUGAGGAAGACGCGAUUGCUGCUAUGGACUUGGUAAUUUAUUGGAUCCAAAAGAUUAAAUCUAGGACAUAG